ACAUAUCCUCAAACCACUGAAACCUGGACUUUAUUCUCCAUUUUCAUAGUCAUGAAAAGGAAAAAAAAAGUUAUUGAUGGGGAGUACUAUGACUUUGCAUAAUAUAGAUAUCUUCACGUAAUCUAGGAUUGUUAAAAAUUCCUAACAUGACUUUAUUGGUCUCUGGUCUUCAAUCAGUUAAUGCUGGGUUGGGCCGGGGUUCACGUCUUUCCCGCCACUUAUCCAUCUACGCUCAUUCUUUUCAUAGCCUCACCCAAUCUCGUGACUUGAAGUAACAGUUUACGGUAACAACUCCCAAAUUCAUAUGUCCACGCUCCAGCCCCAUGCCGAAUCAUAGGUUGUGUAUAUGGCACUACGCUUUGUGGUCUUACAGACGUUCCAAGCUGAUCACACUCGACAUGGGAGUCCUGGGCUUCCCUUCAAGCCUGCUGCACUAGCAGCCGCCCCACCUCAGGGUACGGGAAGUCCACACGUGGCGAACGCCGAGCGCAUUACAUCACUCGGAAGUCCCCGCAUCCUGUGAAGACUGAGCGCGGACAAAGGAGGCCCGCGAGAGGGCGGUCUGUCUUUUCCAGCAGGUUGGGGCACACUGUCAGGCGUCCUCCUUUGGGUGGCUAUUUUAACUGCUCAUUUAUCCUUUCCUUCUAUGAAAAGAUCCCGAAAAGAGGCAAAGUGAGCGAGAAGUCGCGGGCCCAGCCCACAGCAGGGAGUCUGUGACCUUCGAGGAUGUGGCUGUGACAUUCACCCAGGAGGAGUGGGGGCAGUUGGAUGUGACCCAGAGGGCCUUGUACGUGGAGGUGAUGCUGGAGACCUGUGGGCUUCUGGUUGCACUGGGUGAUAGCACAAAACCUGAGACCUUAGAGCCUAUCCCUUCUCACUCGGCCUUGCCUGAGGAAGUCUCACUCCAGGAACAACUGGUACAGGGAGUCCCAGGAUACUCCCAGUGGGGGCAGGCCAUGGAUCAGGAUGGGCCAUCUGAAAUGCAGGAAGACUUCUGGAGACCAGGGACAGACCCACAGAGUGAGAACCUCCACGGGGAAAUGAGCCUUGAACAUGAAGGUUUGGCGACAGCUGAUGGUACGUGUUCAAUGAUUCUACAGAAACAAGUCUCACCAGUAGAUGCUCUCUAUGGAUUUGAGUCAUAUGGACCAGUUACAGAUUCCUUGAUUCAUGAAGGGGAAAAUUCCUAUAAAUUCGAGGAAGUGUUUAAUCAGAAUUGCUUCCUUGUUCAGCAUGAGCAGAUUCACACUCAGGUGAAGCCCUACGAUUGCCCAGAAUGUGGGAAAGCCUUCGGUAAGACCAAACACCUCCUUCAGCAUCACAUCAUCCAUACUGGGGAGAAGCCCUAUAAAUGCAUGGAGUGUGGGAAAGACUUCAACCGUAGGUCACACCUCACACGACACCAGCGGACUCACAAUGGAGAUAAGCCUUUUGUGUGCAGUGAUUGUGGAAGGACCUUCAACCGCGGGUCACACCUUACACGGCACCAGCGAGUUCACAGUGGAGAGAAACCUUUUGUAUGCAAUGAAUGUGGAAAGGCCUUCACCUACCGCUCCAAUUUUGUCUUGCAUAACAAGAGCCACUAUGAGAAAAGACCCUUCACAUGCAGUGAAUGUGGAAAAGGCUUUUAUGAGAGUACAGCCCUCCUUCAACACUUCUUUAUCCAUACUGGGGAGAAGCCCUUUAAGUGCCUUGAGUGUGGGAAGGCCUUCAAUUGCAGGUCACACCUCAAGCAGCACGAGCGGAUUCACACUGGGGAGAAGCCCUUUGUGUGCAGUCAAUGUGGAAAGGCUUUCACUCACUAUUCCACCUAUGUCUUGCAUGAAAGAGCCCACACUGGAGAAAAACCUUUUCAGUGCAAAGAAUGUGGGAAAGCCUUUAGCAUUCGAAAAGACCUCAUUCGUCACUUCAACAUCCACACUGGAGAGAAGCCCUAUGAGUGUUUACAGUGUGGAAAGGCUUUUACCCGCAUGUCAGGGCUCACAAGGCACCAGUGGAUUCAUACUGGAGAGAAGCCCUACGUAUGCAUCCAAUGUGGGAAAGCGUUUUGUCGGACCACAAACCUCAUUCGACACUUCAGCAUCCACACUGGAGAGAAGCCCUAUGAGUGCGUGGAGUGUGGAAAGGCCUUCAACCGCAGGUCACCCCUCACAAGGCACCAGCGGAUUCACACUGCAGAGAAGUCCCAUGAACACAUCCAGAGUGGGAACGUUUCUUGCCAGAGCACAGAUCUCAUUCAGCAGUCCAUGAUCCACACUGAGAGUAGCCCAGUGAGUGCCGUGGAUGUGGAAACGCCUUCAAUGGCCGCCCAUUCCUCCUCACUUGACAUCAAUGGAUUCAUACUGGAAGAAACCCUACCAUUGUAACAGAUGCGGGAAGACUUUUUACACACACUUCAGUCAACAUCCAAGAAUUCCUGUUAGGGAAAGAGUUUUUUAAUAUAACCACUGAAGAAAAUCUGUGGUGAGAGGAAACAUCUUACCAUCUGGCCAUUCAUAGUGAAGAGAAACUCAAUAAGCAUCAUCUCUGUGGGAAAACCUAUUUUAGAUGAUCAUUUGUCAUCUAAACAAUUAUGUUAGAAACUGACACAAUCAAGAGUCUUAUUCUACAUUUGAUAAUUCACCCAUGAGAGAGACCCAAUGGUUAUUGUGCACUUAAGAAAACCUUCAGCCACAUCUUUCUUGUUAGUUUACAGUGAAAUGUUAUCUCAGGGACAUUCAAACAAAGGAGGAGGAGACAUAGGGAAGAGAAAGAAAUGGAAGCACAGCUUCUUUCAGACUUCCCUGACAAGCCCAUGGCAAUUUGUCAUCCCCUCCUUAUUUUAUUUGGGAGAGGGAAAUGUUUCGGAAACAAAAGGGCCUCAUCCCCUUUAUUUUCCCUGUGUAUACAUUCACUGCUGUCCAGUGUCAGGACAGUUAGACAGAUGGUUUGUUUGAAAACAUUUUGUGAAAGCCUACUUUGUUCCACAGCAUUGUUUCCAAUCUUGAGGAGAAGCAGCAUACAUCUUUAUGAGAAAGAUGGAGGCUUGGGUUAUGAAAUACUUUUACAUUUAAGGAGAUAAGGAUGUACAAUGAAUGGGGACAUUUUACUGCAUACUUAAGAUGCUUUGAUGUUUUUUUAAAAAAAAAUGUUUCUCCAUGUGUCUUUAACCAUCCAGUACACAUACUUUUUUCUUGAUCUGUAUUGACUUUCUUUUUCUUUUUCUGUGGGAUGGAGAUGAAAUUGUAGCUGUUUGUACAUAAUGUAAUCCUGGGGGGGCGGGUCCUGAUUGUUCCCUCUGAUUGUGGUUUCUCAGCUUCUUCACUCCUCUUUGGAGAGAGGAAAGAGUUCAGAGUUCACCUCAGCAGUUUUUUAGAGGUCAAUUUGGAACUAAAAAUGAAAUCAAACCUGUAGCUAAAUUAAGCUACAGGAUUAUGAUAAACUCAAAAUAAACACAGAGAAGGAAUCUCAUUUUCAAUCUUACAGGAGAUUGUAUGAAGGCUGACUAUAAAGUGACUGGAAUUUUAGCAGGUAAACCUGCAUGUGUUUAUGCAAGUAGUUGUCACCAUGGAUUUAGUCCAGUCAUAACAACAUAUUUUAUGAGAAUAUUUUGGAAUUUCUCUUUUGGUAUUCUUUUUGUUAUUGUUAAUUGACACGUAAUGUUUAUGGGGUUCAACAUGGUAUUUCAAUACAUGUGUGCAAAGAGUAAAGAUCAAA